UCUAACGUCCGUACUCGAGUCGAGGGUUUUUCUCCUUCGCUGCGUCAGAAGGGAACCGGAUACAGAAUUUCGUUGUUCGUCGGUUCUGAUUCUGAGAUCGACCGGAGAGGAAAAAAUUCCGAUGGGUAAGAGAAAAGAUCGUCGUCUGGCUGCUAUGAGUAACGCCGGUCGCCGUGUCAAGCUCGAUCUCUUCGUGGAACCCCCUGGAGAUUUGGGUGGCUCGGAUGCGCGCGAUAGAGAUGAUCGGGAACAAACAGACCUCAAUGAGUUACCCAAUUCACCUUCUUCUUCAGGUCAGAAAACAGAAAAUCCUUUGCUUUUACUUGGGCAGUACAGUGAUGAUGAGUUGGAAGAUUCGGUUGAGAGAAUUAAGGAUGUCACUGUGGAUAGCUCAUUAGCCGAUAACACCAAGCAGGCUGAGGGAUCUCCUCAUGGAGGACACAAAGAUACGGAUGUCAAAUCCGACGCAGACACUGUGAUGCAGACGGUUGACCAACAGAGCUCAGAGAAGGAUUCUUGUGCAUCUGAUGUAUUGGCUGAAAAGGAUGGGGGUAAAGUCACGGCAAGUGAUUCUACUGACUCAUUUGGACUACACAAGCAAUCAGACUCUUUAAUGCAAGCCUCUAGUAUGGUUUCUUCUGAUCUCCAUGCUACUGGGGAUGUUUCUUCACAAUGGAAGAUGAUCUUGCAUGAGGAAAGCAAGCAGUAUUACUACUGGAAUACAGAAACUGGCGAAACCUCAUGGGAAGUUCCCGAGAUUUUUACUCAAAUUGCAUUAGUGGGUAAUGAUGAAGAAACAUAUGCAGUUGGAUACAGUGAAUCUGGACCCAUGGGUGCAUAUGAGUCCAACUUAGUUUUAAAUGUUGCACCAAGCCAGUUUCUAGCUGUCCCAAAUAUUAUCUCGGGACCUGAGAGCUUGACCUCCUUAAAGACAGUGAAUGGUAUUGUACAUCAAACAGAAGCGUUGAAUGAUGGGUACAAAAGCGAGGAUCUUAAAAGCAAACCUUUGGGAACUGAUGGCGAUCAAAGUGAGUGUCAGACAACAUCUGCUGUUUCCCUACCAUGUCAUGAGAAACUUGCAGGUCCAGGAAAUUCAUCAGAAUAUGUGCUUGCAAAUUCUGAUAAUGGAGCAGCUACUGAUCUCCCUACUCUUCUGUUGGGGCAAAGUGAGCGUCUGCUGGAGAAACUGAGGUCAUUGGAAAAGUCUCAUGGAAGCUUGCCCGGCAAUGAACGGAUAGCGAAGUACAUUCUGGAGGUUGAGAUCAGAUGUUCAGAUAUUAAGGCUCUCUCAUCGGAUGCUUCGUCCUUGCUCUUGUUUUGGUUGCACACUGAAAAACAGCUCAACCAACUGGAAGAGAGUAUUAACAAUGAAAUCUACGAGCUUGCGAAGUCUGCAGUAAUGGAUGAUAUCGCAGCAAUUGACAGAAAUUCCCUGGAAGAAAAAGAGAAAUCAGUUGAUAGCACAGGAAGUGAACUCGAAGACAGUGGGAUAGAAGGAGAGAGAGCUCAUCCUGGGAAAGCUCCCAAUAGAGAUGAAUUGGCUGGUGAGAAUGUCGGGUCCCAUUACGGAAGGGAUUCAGUUAGGGAAUCUGAUGUCACUGAUUCAAAUGAAAUGUUUGAGAAGACCUGUUUACCGGUUGUGGAAGAUGACGACUUGGAUGUGGAUAUGGAGGUUGAAGAAUUUGUCCCACCGUUUGAGGCACCUGGUGGCGAGAUUUUAGGUCAAACAGAACAAACCAACCUUCAUACAGAUGCAACUGGUCCACCUCCUCCGGGUGAGGAAUGGACUCCGCCACCACCGCCGCCUGAUAGUGAAGAGGUUCCCCCUCCCCCUCCCCCUCCAGACACUGACAAUGAACUAAUUCCUCCACCGCCUCCGGACGAUGGACAGGUUCCUCCAGCUCCAGCCGAUAAACUUCAGGGACUUUCAUACAUGUCAUGCCAAUCUUAUGCUCAACAGUCCGCUACACAUUAUGACUUAUCCUAUCCGGGAUCCAAUUAUCAAUAUUAUGGGAAUGUCGUUGCUCAAACUCCUGACAAUCUGCUCUAUGGUCCUGUUGAUGGUUCUCAAGUCUCUCUACCACAAUCUUCGUUUUAUUAUGGCACUGUUUCUACCACCAGUUUUGAAUCUGCUCCAGGGACAACCAAUGGGGUUGAAACUUAUUACAGUUUCAAAGAAGGAAUUGCUCCCCUGUUUCCUGUCAUUAGUUCUGUGGAGUCAUCGCUGCAUCACACGGGUGUUAAUUCUAUUAAUCACAGUGUUGUUAAUGUUCAGCCUACUGAUGCUUCUGCUGUCCUGGAAACUAGCUCCACAGCCAAUGCCAAAGAGAGUGUUUCAAUUUCUUCUCAAUCAACAGAUGCUGUUGCUAAUUCGACUGUAUCAUCAAAAGGACAAUCUAAAGUUGCACGGCCUAAAAGACGCCCAGUUGCGGUUGCAUCGUCUUUGAGGUCAAAUAAAAAGGUGUCGAGUUUGGUGGACAAGUGGAAAGCUGCCAAAGAGGAGUUGAAUGAGAGUGAAGAGGAAGAGCCUGAGAAUGCAUAUGAAAUUCUAGAAAGAAAAAGACAACGAGAAAUCGAGGAAUGGAAGGCUCGGCAAAUCGCCAGUGGAGAAGCUAAAGAAAAUGCUAAUUUCCAACCCCUCGGUGGUGACUGGCGUGAGAAAGUGAAACGAAAGAGACAACAAGCAGCCCGUGAAGCUGGAGAGACUAAAAAGGGCAAAAACCAGCAGACGCCUGAUGAUCUGACAAAAAUCUCGGCGAAUCUACCCUCGGGGUGGCAGGCGUACUGGGAUGAAUCCAGCAAACAAAUAUACUACGGGAAUAAGGCAACGUCUCAGACAACAUGGACCCGACCCACCAGCUUGUCAGGUGAAAGGGAAGGGAAGGGCUCGAGGCUACCACCACCUUCAAUGCCUGCCCGAACGCUUUCCACCCUUCAAAACGUCGCCAUUUGGAGAAUGAAAAAUCCGGUUUCAUUUCGUCUGCCACAUGCACUUCAUUCUCUGUCUAGCUUUUUACAAGCCACAUCAUCCAUGCAAUACACCGACGUUGAUAAAAGUUCCUUUCCCGAAGCAGGUCCAUCCCCAGUUUGCUUCUUUAGCCACUUUCCCCAAUGGCUGCGACAGCUGUGAACUCUUUUAUCCAUAAGGAAGUCCUUUCAGUAUCACAACGCACAUCUGGAACCCUGGCCAGUUUUACUCGAGACGGGGUAUAUUCUUGCGGAGAGAAAACGCAGCCGCAGCUGCAGCU